CGCCUCCCCUUUCCUGGCAUGUGUCCAUAUCUGGUCCUAUCUGCUGUAUGUCCACAGUCUCUGGUCAUCCCCUGUACUGUGUCCGCAGUCUCUGGUAAUCCCCUGUACUGUGUCCGCAGUCUCUGGUCAUCCCCUGUACUGUGUCUGCAGUCUCUGGUCAUCUCCUGUACUGUGUUCGCAGUCUCUGGUCAUCUCCUGUACUGUGUCCGCAGUCUCUGGUCAUCUCCUGUACUGUGUCCGCAGUCUCUGGUCAUCUCCUGUACUGUGUCCCCAGUCUCUGGUCAUCCCCUGUACUGUGUGUCCGCAGUCUCU